CCGGGCCAGUUUCUAAUCAGUAACAAGUUUUUUGUCAGUCAGAAGAAUUCCUUUACUGUUGCAGAAGACCAGAAGGAUUAACGCUGCAAACCAGGAACUUACUUUUUGAAUUAAGCAAUGGAAAAGCCAUAUGUUUUAGCUAAUAAACCAGGAGGGAGAGAUGGGAUCUUUGAAGAUUUUGCAACCAUCGUUGAGAAACACUUCACAAUCGUCUAUAAUGAAGAAUUCGUUAAAAGCAAUAAGCAACUUGCAGACAAGAUCGAAGCAGUGUUUGUGUGGUCCGCCCUGCCUACCGCUGACCAAGGCCUUCUGCAGUCCUUGCCCAAUUUGAAGGUGGUUGUAAAUGGUGGUGUUGGAGUGGACCACCUGGAUAUACCACUGAUCUCUAGCUUCGGGGUGAAAGUAGCCAACACUCCCAACGUGGUGGAUAAUGCAACAGCAGAUUUGGGUAUGGCAUUAUUGCUGGCCUCUGCUCGGAGGCUCGUAGAAGGUUAUAAGAUUGCCAUGGCUCCUUCACAUUUACCUCAGAGUUUUAUGGGCUGUGAAGUCAGUGGUGCUACUCUUGGUAUCGUGGGAAUGGGCAGGAUUGGAUACAAGAUUGCCCAGAGAGCUCAAGGAUUUGAUAUGAAAGUUUUGUAUCACAAUCGAAAUAGAAGGGCAGAAGAAGUGGAGAACGCUGUGGGAGCCCAGUACUGCGAAAAGAUCGAUGACCUUCUUCGGGAGUCUGAUUUUGUGAUGCUGGCAGUGAACCUGUCACCUCAGACAUGCAAGCUCAUUGGAGAAAGAGAACUGAGUCUAAUGAAACCAACAGGCACUCUUGUUAACAUCAGCAGAGGUCUUGUUGUGGACCAAGAUGCUCUGGUGGAAGCGCUUCAGAAAAGAGUGAUUCGCGCUGCAGCGCUAGAUGUGACAUAUCCAGAACCCCUUCCCAGAGACCAUCCAUUGCUGAAGCUUCAGAAUGUCCUUAUACUGCCGCACGUAGGAACCAGCACUUAUCAGACUACCCAAAAAAUGGUGGAGAGAAUGGUUACCAAUGCUGUGGCAGCUAUCUCUGGUAGCCCAGUACCAGAUGAGGUGAUGCCCUAAAGCAGGGGUGGCCAACUGGCGUCUCCCGAGCCGCAUGUGGCUCCCUUGUGGUCAAAAUGUGGCUCUUCCCAUAUAUUUCAUUACACAAUUAGUAAGUGCUGUGUGUGUGUGUUUUUUCAUUUUUUUAUAUGU